UUUUUUUUUUUUUUUUUGGUUCACAGGCUGCAAACGCAAUUGGUAGUAUUUGGUAACCACACUUUAUUAUCCCCAAUAUUUGACAGUUAACCAACUUUUUUGUUCAUAAAUCCUCAAAACCCACAUCAUAAUCUUCCUUUAUCUUUCCAUUUCACGUCCAGUUUUCACAGACUCGAUUUUCCCCCACAAAGAUUAGAUUUUUUCAUUAAAAAACUGAGAUUUUUGGUUUCAUUGCUUGUGAUAAAGAUCCAGUGGUUGUUGAUUUAGCUGAAAAGCAUAAGGAAUGGAACCCCCAAGGGGGUUUCUGGCUUCUUUGUGGAACUUCAUCUGUUUCUUGCCUUACUUCAUUGGCCUGCUUAUUCUGGGUGUUUUGAAAGGUGUAAUUUUGUGCCCAUUGAUCCUCGUUAUAGUCACUAUCGGAAACUCUGCCCUUAUUUUGGGUCUUUGGCCGGUGCACCUGUUCUAUACAUAUUACUGUCUAUGGAGCACAAAGCAGUUAGGUCCAGCUUUAAAACUUGUGCUAAGCAUAUGUGUCAUUGUUAUUUUACUUUUAUGGCCGUUGAUUGGAUUUGCAAGCAGCAUCAUUGGUGGGGCAGCUUAUGGCUUCCUUUCUCCUGUGUUUGCCACUUUCCAAGCUGUGGGUGGAAAGAAGACGAAUGCCUUCUUUCACAGUAUAUAUGAUGGGACUUGGGAUACGAUGAAAGGAAGCUUUACUAUUGUUAGGGAUUUGAGGGAUGUUUUAUACCAUUCCUACUUCUCGAUCAUGGAUGAUUUGCGACUUCAAGGACCUCCUGGUGGAAAAUACUAUGAGAUCAGGUUGCUUUAUAUUCCUUUGGCACUAGUAGCCGUGGCACUAGGACUCCUGGUUGACAUACCGACGAUCACAGUAAUUGCUGCUUGCAAAUUUCCUUACAUGCUUUUGAAGGGGUGGCGUCGCUUGUUUCAUGAUUGUAUAGGUCGAGAAGGACCUUUUCUAGAGACCAUCUGUGUGCCAUUUGCUGGUCUUGCUAUCUUACUCUGGCCAAUGGCUGUUGUUGGGGCAUUCAUUGGAUCAAUGUUAGCAAGUAUCCUCCUCGGUGCUUAUUCAGGAGUAGUUGUAUAUCAGGAGUCUUCUCUUUGGUUGGGGCUUUGCUAUAUCGUUGCUUCCUUGUCCAUAUAUGAUGAAUAUAGCAAUGAUGUGCUAGAUAUGCCAGAAGGAUCCUGCUUUCCUAGGCCUCGGUACAGAAAGAAGACUGCAUCAAGAACCAGCUCUCGUUCAGCUUCUUUCUCAAGACCUGAAUCUGUCAGAAAUCCACCAUCUCGUACGAACUCCAUCAAUGCUCCCAUGGUCGAAUUGAAGCCCCUCGAGCUUCUUGAUGGCUUAUUCACGGGCUGUCAAUAUCAUGGGGAAAUCAUGGUAUCUAAAGGAGUAAUUACACAAAAAGACAUUGAAGAUGCCAAGUCUAAUAGAGAUAGUGGUCAAAUCAUUAACAUUGGUUUGCCUGCCUAUUGCAUCCUUCAGACCCUUAUACGUUCUGCCAAAGCCAACAGCGCUGGUCUUUUGAUAAACGAUGAUGGUACCGAAGUAACCAGCACAAACAGGCCCAGAGAUACCUUCUAUGAGUGGUUUCUCAAUCCACUCUUGAUCAUCAAAGACCAGAUCAAAGCUGAAAAUAUUUCCGACAGCGAAGAGGAGUACCUUGGCAAAUUGGUUUUGUUGAGUGGUGAUCCUGAGAGGUUGAGGAAUUUAAAUAUUGGAUCUCCACCUGAAUCUGAACUGAGGCGAGCUGAGUUUGAGGCGUUAGCUCGAAGACUACGAGGCAUCACAAAAUCUAUAUCAAGAUAUCCAACAUUCAGGCGCCGCUUUGAGAGUAGCAUCAGGAUUAUCUUAGAAGAACUAGCCAAGAAGAACGGUGAUAGUAGAAAAUCAGAAGAUUCAGGACCUCAAAAAGUUCCCAGGUCAAAAAGCAUGUUUGUUCGCAUGUUUAGCGAUAAAUCUUUCAAGAACAGAAACGGAAACAAUGGAUAUGAUCAAGAGGCUCAACUGGUAGAUGCUGACAGAAAUGUUGAAAUUCAGUGAUAAUAUGUGUAUAUCAUUAACCAUUUUCUGGUAUGUAGCUUCGGUUUAGGUGUUAAUCUUAUUUUUCUAUGUUGACGUGAUUGGAUUUGCAUGAGAAUCGUAGUAGGAAUAGGUUAGAAUGAUUUCUUCUCUGCUGAUGCUUUAGCAUGAGCAUGUGUUGUUUGUAAAAUUAGCCAAAGAAGUAACCUUCCUUUCUAUUUAAAUUUAAGGAUAAAACUUUCUCCUUCUC